AUGAGGUCCACCAUCCAAAGAAUCUGUGAGUCCCGCCCAGACUCAAUAGUGUCUCUGCCAUUUGUCACAGCUGAUGUGAGUGCCAUACAGACCACAUCUGGAUUCAGUUUCAAAGCUAAGAUAGGAAUCAACAUUUUCUUGAACGAGGACGACUCCCUGGAGGUUGAACUAGAUGACAAAUUCAGGAACCAGGCUUCUGGACUCUGCGGAAACUUUGACGGCAAGCCAGAUGAUUUAUUUAAAGAUGGGGUUACGCUGUCUCCCACAGAAUAUGGUGCAUUCUACCAGGUGAAUGGACCAACAGAGAGCUGUGAGGAGCCCAACCAAGCCCCAGAACAGGACUGUGAUGAUAAGCCAGCUAAUGGCAGUGAAUACGCUGUGCUGGUGGAUCUCGUCAAAUGUGGUAUAUCUGACCAAGUGACCUGCCUUAGAGCUGUAACUCUGGCCUUAUAUGACGGUUCUGUGGUUGCUCAAGUCCAGGCAACCGGGCAGAUCUAUAUGAACGGGCUUCCUUCUCAGCUUCCGCUUUUUAUGCCGGACCUGAGUGCCUUCAAGCCAUCAUCUUUCUACACUUUGAUGCAGACAAAGGUGGGCAUCCAGGUGAUGAUCCAGAUGCACCCUGUGAUGCAGGUCUUCAUUUCAGCUGACCCUUCACUCAAAGGAACCGCCACUGGUUUGUGUGGGAAUUUCAACGACCUAAUGAGUGAUGACUUCAUGGCGUCUAGUGGGCUGGUGGAGGGCACUCCUACAGCAUUUGCCAACACAUGGAAAGCCAGAGUCCCCUGUGAGGACGUCCGAGCACACUUUGGAAAUCCCUGUAGCCAGAGUAUCACCAAGGAGAGCUAUGCCAAAUACUGGUGCUCCCAACUGGGAGAUCCCAGUGGAGUGUUUGCACCUUGCCACUCUGUCAUUAACCCCAGAACACACAUGGACUCAUGCAAGUAUGACACCUGUACCUGUGAGAACAGUGAGGACUGCAUGUGCGCUAGCAUCUCCUCAUAUGUCUAUGCAUGUGCAGCAGCUGGAAUCCAGCUCAGUGGCUGGAGGGACACCAUCUGUAGCAAAUACAGUACAUCAUGUGCACCAGGAACUGUGUAUGAUUACGACAUGACAUCCUGUGGUCGUACUUGCUAUUCCCUCAGCCAGCCUGACUACUCCUGCCAGGACAGCUUCACACCAGUGGACGGCUGUGGCUGUGCUGAGGGAACCUAUAUGAACGAGGUGGGGCAGUGUGUGCCCAGUGAACACUGUCCCUGCUAUGAUACAGGCACC